AGUCUAAUUUUAGCAGUGCUGCCGUUCCAGCGUGACGGCUUCGCCUAUGCGCUGCAGCGGGGUGGCCGUGUGCUGUUCGGCGAUGAGAUGGGCCUUGGGAAGUCGUUACAAGCAUUGAUGACGAUCGACUUUUACCACGAAGAGCUUCCGUGCUUGAUAGUUUGCCCCUCCAGUCUGCGCUUCGGGUGGCGCGAUCAGGCGUUAAAGUGGCUGGGGGAAAGCGGCACAGGACUGAUUGCGAGGUGUGCCACGUCUCUGCGAAUUGGAGAAGUUCUGACACGCCUGACGGCCGGGGAGCCUAAGGUGCCGGAUAAGAAUCGCGCAGAAGGAAAGGGGACAGUAGCUGCUGAUGCGCUUGCUGUGCGACGGUCGCGCGUAGGCGAAGCAGAUGAACUGAUUCUCAAUGAGGGUUCCGACUGGGAGAAAGAGGUGUUUGGUGACUCACCAGGUAACUCACCAUCAGCAAGAGAUGACCAUGGUAGCGGAGACACGCGAGCCGAGGGCGCUGGUCAUGAUGCGGAGACCGGGGCGCCGGUAGCUAGCGCCACGUGGAUGAAAAAAACCCCGAUGAAAAGACAUGGAGAAGAGAAAAAUGCAAAUGCAGCAUUGAAAAAGAAGGAUGCUGCAGUAGCAUCCGAAACUCAUGAUUUAGCCGAUGGGGAUUCUGCCACGCGAAGCUUUGUUCAGGUAUUGCUUAGCGGCAAGGACAAAUUGGACCCCGCCGCGAAAGUUGUAGUUUGCAGCUUCGACCUGCUGAAGACUGAGAAAUUUCGAAGGGCCCACGAUGGCGAACGAUAUCGGGUUGUCGUGGUGGACGAGUCGCAAUUUAUAAAAUCCGCGAAAUCCGACCGCACGAAACGGGUCACCGAAAUUUGCGAUGGAGCGCACCGUGUUAUGCUCCUCAGCGGGACGCCGGCUUUGAACAAAGCUUAA